AUGCCUGGCAACAGGUGAUUUUUCAUCAUGGUUGUGAAUGGAGCUCUUAUGCUCACAUGUCCUUGUCUUAAGUUCACGUUUGGUCUUAUCCACAUAAUAAAAGUUACAGGAACACUUAAGGAGAUAUACAACAUAUAUUCUACCUCAAACCUUUAUCCUCUCGCCCGAAUGGGGACGUAUACGACAGUUCACUCUGAUCAUGGCAUAACAGUAAACGCAGUUGUAACAAGGGAAAUUGCAAUCAGGAAUGAUACAUAUGAAUGCAAUGUUUUUUUCUUAGGAAAAUCUGACCUUACUAAACAAUCCCGUAAAUUUGAGGGUCUCUUAUAGAAAACCUCGGGGGGGGGAUUCAAACGCUUUACCAAAGUUGGGGUCGCUGUGCAAUAUGUGCCAAUAUCUAUUAACCACUUCCUUGAUCAACCUUGAAAUGGGACUGUAACCAAAGAUGCAGAGGGAGGUGAGGAAGUCAUUUGACGUGGUUCCAAUAAUACAUUCCGCUCAGUUUGUCUUACUCUCUUCAGGCAAUUGUUCAAUAAUUCUUCUUUAUACCCUCUUGUUUUGAAUCGUUCACAUAAAUCUUUGGCAUGUACAUCCAAUGAUAAAUCAGAGUAACAAAUGAGCCUAAUGCGAAGGAGUUGGCUAUAUGGUAAAAAUAAAUGUUAUGAAGGCGUAUGAUAAAAACUGAAAUGAAGAAAGGUAUUUCUAGCCGUUUCUUUUCUAUACACCUCAGUGUGUGUCACGCCCUGGCUCUGGGGACUCUAGUAUGUUGAGCCAGGGUGUGAGUUUUCAUUUGUUUAUGUUCUAGUUGUUGUAUAUCUAUGUUGGCCAGGGUGGCUCCCAAUCAGAGACGGCUGUAGCUCGUUGUCUCUGAUUGGGAGUCAUACUUAGGUAGCCGUUAGGCAUUCAUUAUUUGUGGUUUCUUGUUCGUAUUUGGUUUGUGUAUGACCAUUGACUGUCACGUCAUCGUUUUGUUGUUUUGAUCGUGUGAUCAUCAAAUUAAAUAAAUAUGUUCACAUUCAACGCUGCGCCUUGGUCCUCAUCUCUCACCGACGAUCGUGACAGAAGAAACCACCAUAACAGGACCAAGCAGCGUGAAGAAGAGAGAGGAUGGACUUGGGAGCAGUGGAGUAAGAGUCUCGACUGGGCCAAGCCAAGCGAAGAGGAGAGAGGUUGGACUUUGGAGCAGUGGGGUGAGAGUCUGGCGAGAGACAUGGAGGCCUGGUCCACGGGGAGAGACGCCCAGAAAAUGUUUAGGGGGGGGCUAACGCCGUGGACGACGGGCCAGCAGGAGACCGCGGCAGAGCGGCCCAGCGGGUUGGCAGAGGAGGCCGCCAGGUUACGGGGGCCACUGGUCGAAGAGGGGGUGGAAGGUGUAGAGGCACGGUGAGAGGUACUGGGGUGUGUUACCAGUCCGGUCCGGCCCAUUCCAGAUCCCGGCGUAGGACCAGUGGUGUGUGUCCCCAGUACGGUCCGGCCCGUUCCUGCUCCCCGCACCAAGUCAGUGGUGCGCUUCGUCAGCCCGGCUCGGCCCGUUCCUGCUCCCCGCACCAAGUCAGUGGUGCGCUUCGUCAGCCCGGCUCGGCCCGUUCCUGCUCCCCGCACCAAGUCAGUGGUGCGCUUCGUCAGCCCGGCUCUGCCCGUUCCUGCUCCCCGCACCAAGUCAGGGGUGCGCUUCGACAGCCCGGCUCGGCCCGCUCCUGCUCCCCACACCAAGCCAGUGGUGUGCGUCGUCAGUCCGGCACGGCCCGUGCCUGUUCCACCGGUGGCUGGUCCGGCACCGGUCAGAUGCUUCACGCCGGAGCUAGAGCAAUCCGCUCCACCAGUGUGCAGUCCAGCUCCGGCCAGCGGGGCCAGACCGGACCAGGGGUACCUUGGGGGGUUGGAGAGCGAGUGGGGAUCAUGCCCGGAGCCGGAUCCGCCGCCAAGGCGGAGUGCCCACCCGGUCCCUCCCCUGUGGUAUUUGGUUGGCGCGGUCGGAGUCCGCGCCUUUAGGGGGGGGGGUACUGUCACGCCCUGGCUCUGGGGACUCUAGUAUGUUGAGCCAGGGUGUGAGUUUUCAUUUGUUUAUGUUCUAGUUGUUGUAUAUCUAUGUUGGCCAGGGUGGCUCCCAAUCAGAGACGGCUGUAGCUCGUUGUCUCUGAUUGGGAGUCAUACUUAGGUAGCCGUUAGGCAUUCAUUAUUUGUGGUUUCUUGUUCGUAUUUGGUUUGUGUAUGACCAUUGACUGUCACGUCAUCGUUUUGUUGUUUUGAUCGUGUGAUCAUCAAAUUAAAUAAAUAUGUUCACAUUCAACGCUGCGCCUUGGUCCUCAUCUCUCACCGACGAUCGUGACAGUGUGCAAGCCGUUGCCAUAUUUCUUAACCAAUACAUCCAAAAGGAAACAUGUUCUUUAUCGGAUACCAACCUAAAUUUAAUGGACGAUAUCCUGGAAUUCAUAUAUGCAUAGAAUUCCUGCAAUUCAAAAUCAUCACCUGACCAAAUGAAAGAAAUGUCAUCAAUAUAUCCAAACACUUUGAUAAACUUAGAAUAGGGAUUUUUAUUGUAUACAAAGUCCAACUCAAAUUCAAAUUAGGCGCAACUGGGGAUCCCAUCCCAUAGCAGUUCCUUGAAUCUGAAGAUAAUAACAGUAUUCAGACUUAAAGUAAUUCUUAGUCAAUAUUUCAUUAGUCAAGCUCAGCAGUAAGCCAGUUCAGUUCUUUGAUUCAAAUAAUGUUUAAUCGCAUCUAAACCCUCUUGAUGAGGAAUAUUUGCAUAAAGGCUAGAAACAUCCAUAGGACACAACAAGUCAUUCAAGUCAACUGUACAAGUCUCUAAUUUCUUCAAAAAGUCUGUAGUGUCCUUGAGGUAAGGGGCCAACAUAUGCACCAAAUAUGAGAGUCCACAUAUUGAGAAAGUGGCUCAGUUAGGGAUUGAUUACCCGAAACAAUUGGUCGGUCUGGGGGAUUCAAUACAUCUUUAUGUAUUUUAGGAAGAGUGUAUAUAACAGGACACACUGGAUUUUCUUGAACCAUGUAUUUAUAUUCGUCAUUGGUGAUCAAUUCCUUCCGUAAUUCCUGUUUUAACACACUCUUAAUUUCACCCCCAAACCUCAAUGGGAUCCGAUUGUAAAGUGAUAUAAAAGUUAGUGUCUUUCAAUUGUCAUUUGAUUUCAUUGACAUAAGAUGUCCUGUCCUGCAUGACAAUAGCACCGCCUUUAUCUGUGGAUUUGAUGACUAUUUCAUCAUCAUUCAUCAGUGUUCUCAAUGCCUCUCUUUCACACUCCAAAGUAUUGGAGUGUACUGGUGACCCUCUGCUCUGUGUGCACAAUUCCAAGACAUCCCGCUCAACCAGCUGGCAGAAAGUGUCGACUAACGGGUUGCCCAUUGGUAGAAUAAAAGUACUCUUGGGUUUGAAUGUCUUUUUAAUCAUGGGAACUGGUUCCGAUUGACUCAUUCUGUUGAGUGAGAUGGGGUCCCCUCAAAUUACUUAUCCAAAGAGAGACAUAUUGGAUAGACUGCUCGGGCACUCUUGCCCCAGAAGGCCUCAAUGAGGAAUAUUGUUGUUUUUUGUAGUAGGUUAUAAAUAUGUAGGCCAAACAUUUAGGUAAUGAUGUCAUAAUGUGUCUUUAUUGUGUGUCCAUAUAUCUUUAUUUGAUUGUCAUGUUUCCCCCACAGCUCCCUCUGCUGGGAUCUCUUGAUUGGGCCAAUAAUGACUGAGAAUGUAUAAUUAUACAUGUUUUUUAUCUUUAUAUUCAUUAUAAUCCACAUAAUAAUUCACAUUUCCUGUUUCUGCAGGAUUAUUUUUCUGCUGUAGCAAACUGGCUCAAAUUAAGAUCCUACAUCUGUACCUGGUUGCUAAAAUUAUGAAAUGUUCGCCUGCUUUCAGUUUAUGUGACAAAACAAGCAAUGUAUAGUAUAGAGAAUCAUUGUACCAUCUAAACCACUGUGAAAUAUACUUUCAAUAACAAAAAAUAUAAAAUGUUCAGCUAUUUGCAGCUGGUGAAAGUAAAAAGACGCAAAAAACUAAACCUUAAGACAGGAAGCAUAGAAGUAGCACACAUAGAAUGGACCUACCGCUUAUCAGACUUGCUUUCCAUGAGAAUGACAGAUCUAUAACUCACAUUUCUAUGUGAAUUUGGUCGGGGCGCACACAAGCUACAUAUUGCGCCUUUAAUCUGAACAAACACAUUCCGUGUGACUGCGCAGUCGUGGCAGGGCAGAGCAGGGCAGUAUACAUUUUUCCUUGAUAUCCAAACGAGAGCACACCUCAGCAACUAUACUUUACAGGCAGGAACUAGCUGACAGAGGCAGUAGGGUUUUGGAUCCGACCCCACAGACCCAGGAUGUCUCGUAGCUAAGACUGCGUCGUAAAUAUCAUUUAAAACCUAUUAUCCGCCGGCCUAAUUAACCAAGCCUUUUUCAUCUAGCACAUAGAUAUCCACUGAUUCACACCUAUAAAAGCCCUUGUUUCCACUCACACUUGCUCUCUAAUGGAUCCCUCUGGCUUUCCCAAGGUUGUCGUCCAUUUUAGAGGGGGCUUGUUGAUGGGGAAUUUGAUGAUGUGAGCCGUUUCUGAUGGAAGGAUGACGUGUGUGUGUGUCUCCAUACACAUUAGAUCUGAGGGAGGUUGGGGGGAGGGUAGUGUGUGAUGCUCCGGUCACCAUGGUAACCUUCAUACUUACUUAAGCCCCCCCUCCAAUCUUGUGGCUGGCCACAUGAGUGCCUGUGGCCAGCUCACUCUUUGGGUUGGGGUCUUUUAUGUGCUUGAUAUUAAUGGUGUGUGUGUGAGAACUUCUAAGCAGCUGAACAAAUAUUUCCAAGACAGUAAUACUCGGUUCAUCUCUUUGGAUAUUUGCAGCCUACCGGCAUGUAUUGCGACCACUGUGGCAUGCUAUCAUUCUCUUACUCUAAUUUGGUCUCAUUCAUUCUCUCCUUCACUUCCUCACUUUACCCAUCACUUACUCAUUUUCCUUCCCUCUCUCCCCUCUCUCCCUCUGUUCAUCAUCCCUGUGCUUUAUAUACUAUGCUGUGCCAGAGGCAUGCUGACACAGUCCGUGACGCAGACACUCCGCUCUGUAUCUCAGCUGUCUGGGGUACCGAGCCUCCUAAAAAUACCGCCUCCCUCUCUCUCCCUUUGGGGGGAGGCCACCGCUGCAGACAGCUGUGUGUGUCUGUGGGUGGGCAUGGUUUGCCCAUCGGAGGCCUAUAAUUGUGGUGAUGAGAGCAGGGUGGAAAGAAAUCCAGCCAGGAGACAAGCGCCAUGUUCCUGAGGUCAGCAAAGUAGAGGGUUCCUACAACACGACCCUGUGGCACCCCCUCACACAGCACCAAUCCUCUGCCUAUCCAAAUACUGCCGGCCCCAGAAAGCACAGUGUGCUGUACUGCUUGUACCAAGCAUACAGCUGCACUGGGAGAGCCAUUCAAACUGUCACUCAGAAACGACAUUAAAGAUGCCCUGCCACAAUGAUAAACAUUGAAGUUGCCACUGUCACAGACAACUUUGUUAACAUUCGAUCUCAGACCGAUUCCUCUCAGUUCAACUACACAAUGUUUACUGCAUAAAUGAACAAUUUACACAGGUGGUUCAAGAAAUUUUGACAAGUACGACCUAGACUUAGAGUACAGGGAAACACUCUAACGAUAGCCUAAACAGAUGGAGGUUGUUUCCCAAAUGGCACCCUAUUCCCUAUAUAGUGCACUACUUUUGACCAGGGCCCAUAGAAUAGGAUGCCAUUUGGGACACAGACUGAGUCACUGUAACCACGGGUCACUGUAUCAAUGCGCUAAAUGUAUCUAUUUUCCGUCAUCCAGCUGUGUGAGAGCGGGCAGAUUGUACGGGUUCACGCGCCACACCCACACAGCCAUCAACACAGACCAACGACAUAUCCUCCCCUCAGAACUAGAGUAUCAUUGUGUAAUUGUGUAUUACAUUUCUCCGGUUCACUUUCACUACUACCUGACAUGUGAUCUGAGUUCUUCCUUUCUCUCACACUGUGUAGUUUGGGGGUUUCUAUGGCCCUGUUUUUUGGAGCAUGUUGCUCCCAACACCAGAUUUGUGGCUUUGAUUCCUGAAUGUGAGGUUAUGUGAGGUUAUGUGUUGUUUACUGAAUGUUUGGAUAAAAGUGGCUGCUAAAUGGCUAAGUACAUUGCACUGUAAGUACUGUAUGUGGUUCAUAGAUUGGUUAGCUGUCCCGAAAACGAUACACACAUUUCAAUGGGUCAGAUGGCCGUGUGUUGUAAUUCUGGAUGGCCAGUUAGCUAACAACAUUGAGAAGAAGCUGCCAUUUGGGGAAUAAUAGGUGGCUCGUUUCAGCUAGUCUGAUCUUGUUCUUGAUACCAUGUCUUGUUUUGAGGUGUUUUGACUGUCACGUCUAUGCUAAUAUGGCAAAAAUUCGCUAGCUAGCUAGCUAACCAACAACUGUAACGAUGUAUUUGAGAGACAACAAGUGCUCAUUGUGCAAAUUUAUUUAUGUUUUCAAUAAACAUUGGAGAUGAAAUAUAGUUUACAUGUUGUCAACAAUUUAAGCCAACCCUGUCUGUUUUGCCCCAUAGUUGCGCACGCUUCGGUUUUGUUGCUAAACAACCAACCCGUCUAUUGGUUCCCAUGGACAGUACCAACAUCAGCCUCUAGGUGGUGUCUACCAGUAGGUAUGUUUAGGUUAGUCACUAAAGGUGAUGAUGGCACUGACUGCUUCUUGUCUCUCUCUCACUCUUUUUUUCUCUCCUUCACAGGACUGUGGUGAUGCCCAUCGCCAACGAGUUUGCCCCCGACGUGGUGCUGGUGUCGUCUGGCUUCGAUGCUGUGGAGGGCCACGCGUCACCCCUGGGAGGGUACAGGCUGACGGCCAAAUGUAAGUGACUUCCUCCUUUUCCCCUCCCUUUCUCUCCACCAGCCCACUGCUCAUGAAUGAAACGUAUCCAGCCCUGUGUAGCUCAGUUGGUAGAGCAUGGCGCUUGCAACGGCAGGGUUGUGGGUUCGAUUCCCACAGGGGGCCAGUAUGAAAAAGUAUGAAAAUGUAUGCACUCGCUAAACUGUAAGUCGCUCUGGAUAAGAGCGUCUGUAAAAUGACUAAAAUGUAAAAUGUAAAUGAUGCUGCCCUACCAUAGACAAUGGCCUUGUUCAAUACCAUCAAAAUGCGUCCUUACUUCCUUGAGGUAAUUACUGAUCUGACAAGGUUGGAUUACUGAAAGCAAUACAGUGGAAACCUACAUUCACUUUUCCAAUCACUAAGAGACAGUGUUGUGGACUCGAGUCACAUGACUCAGCGGGCAGAGUCACCAAUUUGAUGACUUGAGACUCGACUUGAUAUAAAAUAAAAUAACUUGGACUUGGAGCCUCAUGACUCGGGACUCGACUUUGACUUGAGACUGAUGACUUUCAAUUAUCAGGCCAGGUUUUGUAAUAUUUUGACACUCAUUUCGUGGCACAGAGUCUCCAUGGAUUACUCUCCAUGCAGCCAGAGACAAUAGCCGCAGCAUCGCCUUCGCAAAAGAAACGUGCAACAAAUUGGCUAGUGAAACGCACACUUGGCCCUCUGAUUGGACCAGCAAACUGUCAAUCAACACAGGUCGGGUGAGCUAGCGAACAGAUUGCUGAUUUGCUGUACAGCUAUAGGAUCGGGUGCAGCACAAAGGUGAAAUUGUAGGGAGAGAGUAUUGCCCUAAUAAAUAAAUAUGCAGCUUCAAAAAUAGUUUAGUGAUCAAGAAUAAUAACUGUUUACUUUGCAAGCUCACCAGCAUGAAGCAACAAUUAGGCCUACUUGCUGGUCUUUUGGUAUCUCAAAAUUGCUUGAUAUUUGUUGUUAAAAUAAAUUUUUACUGUGGUGAGGAUGCACCUUAGGCGUGUCUCUCCACUUGCGCUCUCCAAACUCAAACACCAUUGUUUGCUGCUGCUUUCACACAUUUAAAUGCAUAUGUGCUAAAUCUAUAUUCCAUCUAAUCCUACAAUAAUUGCUAGCAUUUAAUCAUUCCAUACCGAUACCGUUUAUUGCAACACUUAGACAUUUCUGUUUGAUAUUAUACAUUUUCAUUUAGCCAACCCUUUCUUACCCUCUGAGUGGGCGCAAGGUUUAUUUUGCACAUGAAUGUUCACAAGACUCAUGAGGUAGAAGUUCUGUUUAUUUAAUUAAAUGUCUGGUUUCCUUUGUUCAUGUUUCCGGGUUAUGUCGGAGUUCCGUGUGUCUGUGUCCUAUGUCUCGAUUUGGUUUCUCAAGGGGAGGCUGUGCAGUCUUGCCCUCUACCUGUGUACGUUCAGAUAGGACAGGUUAAGGCUGAUACAGAAGCUAUUUCUUUUGGGCUGUGUAUAUUUUAUAAAUCUACUUCUAUUUUUUGUAUGAUGUGGCUCUUUUACCAUUGAAUCACCAAGACCUGUCAAUAAAUCUACGGUCUGAGCACGUCAACCAGCUUUGCCUUCUGCUGAUUUCAUGCCCUUAAGACUGCUACAAGGUCCCUAUUUUACAAUUACAUAGGCUAAUCAAAAUGUGUUGUAGACAGAAUAAUGAAAAGGGCUGUCUGAUAGCCUCAAUAAAUAGGCGAAGAUUUGCAGUCAUUACAUGUAUAGAUACAUUUUGUACUUGACUUGAGAUUUAUCUUGAAAAAACUCAGCUAGCGUUAGCACAAUCAGCUAGCUGAUCCCAUAGACUUCCAGUCAUUGUGCUAAUGUUAGUUAUUAACCACUCCAGAAACUACCUUAACUUGUACGCAGAGACAUAAAAAUAGUAUCCAUGAGUUCAUCUGAGUCUGGGUAAGUAGAAAAAAUCUGCCACUAUCCCUUCAAGAGAAAGGCUGCAUUGAUUUAAGUGUUUGAGCCCAUGCUAAGUGGUAAAUGCAGAAACACUAGUUCUGGCCAUGAGGAGAAAGAGUCUCGCAAACCACACUUAAAAGUUAAAAGACACUGUGACUGGCCAGCUUGCGUAUGUGCCAUUCUGACAGAUGACAAAAUCUGAUUUAUUUUGCUGGGUUGAUCUGAGAGGGCUUCAAUAGCCUAUGACAGUCUCUGACGAAUGUUUACCAGACUCUAGUACCAUUACCAUACACAGUCCCACCUACACACACACACACGAUCAGAUCCAACUGUUCUGGCCCUGUCCAAGUAACCUCCCCUCACGUUCACAAAGCUACAGGAUCGACUUUGUUUGGAAGCGUCUUUCUUUGCCCAUGUAGAGCAGCACUCUGGCGUGCCAGCAAAGAGCUUUUCCUAAAACUAUCUCUGAGAUCUCAGCCUAAAGCUGGGGCUCUAAGAGAAGGGGGUCCGAGGAGGGGUUAGGGUGGUAUGGCGGAAUGCAUAUACUAAAACCCACAGAAAAUCAAACACAGGCGGCCCGAGCCAAAACACUAAGCCACAUUUAUUAAAAUUAAACCUGGCUCGUAUUAUGCAUUUAGGCCGAGUAAAUCCCUGGUGCCUUCUCUUUCUUAAAUCUAAACGAGAAAAUAUGAUGCAAUACUGUUUUCUCCCUCCUCCUCCCCUCGCUUUCUGUAUGCAUUUCUUUGAUCGCCGUCCAAGCGCCAGAGUCGCCAUGGACGAACUCUAACCCCAACCACUGGCAUUUUCCUUUCCUCAGGUUUUGGAUACCUGACCAGGCAGCUAAUGGGGCUAGCCGGAGGCCGUAUGGUACUGGCCCUGGAGGGGGGCCACGACCUCACUGCUAUCUGUGACGCCUCCGAAGCCUGCGUCUCUGCUCUGCUAGGAAUCGAGGUAAGACUUGAGAGCGAGGGAGGGAGGGGUUUCUUUAAUUGUUUUCAUUAAUUUGCCACUCCACCUGUUUAGGGAAACUGUCUCUACACAUCCAGUCCAAUCAGGAGGUGAGAAUAGAGCUCAGACGGUGCUCUGAUUGGGUGAUUUUGCUGUCUUUCUGGGCCGUUGUCACAGUCAGAGGUGUGGUGUUGAAAGGGCUUUGGCCCAAUGCCGCCGCCCACUGAGAGACAGAGCGAGAGAGAGAGAGGGGGGUGGAGAGGCGAAAGAGUCUGGAACAGUGAGUUGACAGAGAGAGAUACUGGGGACCCUGCUUUUUUAUUUGCCAUCCUCGCUUUCUCUUCAUCCCUUAUCCAUCCAUCCCCUCUCACUUUCUGUCCCCACCGCCCAGUGUGGGAGGAUACAACCGCCAAGUGGCCAGGGAGAGGGAGGAAGUAACAACGGUCAAGUUGAAGAAUCCGAGGUUAAUUGUGGAUGUGUGUAGGCUGGGCCUGGAGCUGAACCAACUGUCUCUCUGUGUCCCAUAUAGCAUCCUAUUCUCUAUGUAGUGCACUAAUUUUGACCAGAGUGUUCUGUCUGCUGUGAUUCAUGGCACACGCCCACUGUUUUUUUCCUAAGAUAAUGGAUGGAGUCUAGUGUUUUCUUGGCCAUGGCUUAGAUAUAAUUUCCCCCUUUGAUUCCAAGAUAACAUGCUUUGGUGCUUUGAAUAUCUUUAGCGUAAGAAUACUGUAACCAAAUGAGAGGAAAGUGUAUGGUUGCUUUAGUGUCUGUCUGUGUGUGUCACCGUAAUAGUUUCAGUCCUUAGUACACAUAUGUCUACUGUACACUUUGAUACACGCAUUUGUGGUCUGGUUUCUGUCCUCAUACAUUUCAGUCAGCCACUUUUUUGUUAAUCAAGACAAAUGACCUGAGAAAGACCCUGAGGACUUGUGAUGUGGACACCAGCUGAAAGGCAUAAGGACCAUAGUGUCCUAUCUAAAUAUUGAAUAAUGAAUAAUCCACACUUGAAAUAAACAGAAAUAUUGAAAGACAAUAAAAUGGGUUGGCUCGUGCUGACCCUUGGCUAGUACUGACCUGUGGCUAGUAUACACAGACGAAGUGCUGAUGUCAUGUCUAAUACCGAGGGGGUGCAGAGGCUGAAAUAGAACCUCCGAUAGAAGUGAAUUUCCAGGCCCCUGCGUCCUGCGUUUGUAUAAACUUCAUUUAUUUUGAGCAAGUGACUGUCUCUAAGUGUUGCUGCAGACCGACCCAGGCCACAAACACAUACCCUCUAUGUGUUUUCUGUCGUUGGACAAGGGUUGUGUCCCAAAGGGCAUCCUAUUCCCUAUAUAGUGCACUACUUUUGACCAGAACACUAUUGGUCCCUGGUCAAAAGUAGUGCACUACAUAGGGAAUAGGGUGUCAUUUGGGACACAGGCAAGGAGAGAACCUGCUUUAGCCAUUUGCCAGUUAGCCCAGUGCAACGUUAAAACCUCCAUUAACGAGAGGCGUAUGUGGCUAUAACUCAUAAUGUACCGCCUCUUAUUACACGCAAUACAUUCACCCACACCUGUCUAAUAGUGCACCAAAGAGUGGUGUAUAAGUGCAUUGUUAUUGUUGUAAACCUGUAAACUGAAUACUGCCGCAUGAUUAAAAGUCAAGUAAACAGUAGCUUUGGCAUUUCGGUUUACCUUAUAAGAUCAUACCUUAUAAGAUCAUAUAGUGGGUAACAAAUUUGGAGGCACCACUGGGAUUUAUUUUCAUGUACGCACCGGCGCAUAUUACUCUAGCAAAACGGACAACGAGUGAGAGACAUUGGAAGAGUAGCUAGCUGGCUAACCAUGAAGAUAAGGAUGUACAUGCAUGAUGAUUAUUGAUGCACACUGUUAGUAUUGCACUAGAUGCUGGCGAAGUUGAGUAUAGAUAGAGGAUAAUGCUAGGAAGAGAUGGACUGGGGGAUAAGAGGACUGGCUUGGGUGCCUGUGUUAUUCCAGCCCUCCCUCCAGACAAGGCAGUAAAUAAGCUCUUGGAACCGUAAAAGACCAGAUGGCCCUGCUCCAAUGUGGAUCUUGGGCCCGAAGCAAAACAAACAGAACAAUAAUGCUGGAUCGACGCUAAUAAAACAUGGUCACCGCAACCAACCGCCCCAGAGAAAGGGAAAGCAGUGACCGACUGGUUUUUCAGCUUCGAUCUAGAGUGACCGGGACAAGCUGUGGCGUUGGAGAGGUCGAGUGGAUCGCGGUCAAACCGUUCUAAACCCUCCAAAGAAACCUCAAAGCCUGGAGAGGAAUUUAAGCCCCACAGCAGACCAACGCUAAACUGUCAGAAGAACUAGAUCUUAACAGUUCUGAGCUGGAACAAGGUUUGCUUUGGAGGGGGGGCUACACAAACGUUCUGUUGAGCCUUAAAGGGCAAUCAGCAGUAGAAACAAUAACAAAGUGUUGGCCCCGCCCCUGUUUUGGUAAAAAGCAAAUUCAUAAACAGAGCUAUGGAUGCAAGGACAAGAUAUCAAAAUGAUAGUUUUAACCAUGUUUUGAGACUAUAUAAUGUUUGUUUACAUUUACUUUGAUUACAAAUAUAAAACAAGCUUAUAUUUUGGGUGCUGAUGGGGUGAGACAGUUGAACUAGGCUCAUGAGGGAUUUAUAAGCAAUAUUCUUCAAGAAUCAAUGGGUACAUAUCAUUAAUUUAUAAGUCCAACAAUGGAUGUUGCAACUGCUGAUUGACCCUUUAAUGCAAUAACCUUAAUCUGUUUACCUGCACUGGUGCCUUUGAAUGACUCGGAGGUCAUUGCCAUGACAGCGAUUACAGUAACAUCACACCGGUAGCCUCCAACGCCACUCUCCAAAUCCCUUCUCUUCCAAUUUACCACUGAGAGUAAAGGCUUGGUUUAAUACAUGGAGGCAUGAAGGAGGGUAGAAAAAGAGGAGAGCGAGAGAAGGAGAAGAGGAAGAAGGGAAGGCUGCUCCAGAAAAGGUUGGGGUUGGGACGGUCUCAUGUUUCAGUGGCCAGGAGAGAGGGCUGUUUCGUGGGGUCGAUGGGCAGGUCAGAGCGAGUCUGGAAGUCUAAAAAGAGGCCCUGGCCCUGUAGCGCUCCCUUCUCGCCCUCCUCCCCGGGACCCCGUCACCAGCCCACAUCUGAAAGCGGUUACCAUCACACCUCUCCCGACAGGGUCACCAACAGGCCUAGAGAGAUCGGAGAAUCAAAGGAAAUUGGGGAAUCAUUUGAAGUCGGGGGAGGAAGCUAUUGUCAUAAACCAGCGAGCUCUAGGGUUCGAGUUUCACGCCGGAUGUUGGGCUAGAGGAAAAACGCAACGCCACAACACCCAUUGAUAAGGAGUUAGAAAACACACGGCUCAUUAGUCGCCUUUGACUGGCCAUGAGCCGCCGCCAUAUUUAAACACUGGUGAUUGGCCAAUCCCACUGUGUUUUUCAUUGCCUCUUCUCAUUGGGUGUUUGGCAAGAGCCCUGUCAGUCUUUGAACAAGUGCAGAUCAGUCCCUCGUUAGUGUGAUGAGUGAUGACCCGUUCAACAAGUUGUAACGGCACGAGAGGGAGAAACGCAAGGCAGUGGAGACGAUAACAGAUAAAAGGAGAAAGUUAAAACGUCUCUAAUCAAAAUGGCAGGAUGCGAGUGUUUUAUCAGAGUCUUUGCAAAAGGUCCAGUGUAAUGGAGGUGGAAUGCAGCGUAAUGACUCUCGCCAGCGGCAGUUUGAUGUGGCAGAUAGAGAGGGGGAAAGGGGUUUGUGUGUUUGUAGAUGUGAGCGUUAGGUAGAGAUGAAGGGGCCAUGUGCCAAUAGGUCAGCUAGUCUGCUGCUCUAUUUGUUUGUGAAGUCAGAGGCAGGGCUUUCAGUUAUUCGAGCAACACAACUAAAAUGUAUUACCAACAAUGAUCAUUGGUCUCUCAUUGGCCUAAGAAUAAGAUCUCAAAUGUAGACAUACUAGGAGUUAAGACAGGUCCACAAUCGGGGCCAAACAUCUAGAUUGGGUUUACUGUCCCACUGCUUCCUGUGUGACUGUAGUCUGUCCAUCAAGCAUUUUACUGUCCACUCCACAGUGAGAAACAUAUUCCCCCAUUUUAUUGCCAGGUUAAGACAAGCUUUGCUAUAAUGAGCGCUGGGUUCCCUUUGAAAGUUGCUUGGAUUAGCUUGGGGGGAAAAAUGAAAAAAAUCGGUGAAUCGACUUCACGGUUUGAGUGCAUAAUCACCAAAGCCUCUCUAAUAAAAUGUCUCAUGAGUGAUGCAUUGGCGGCGAUGUUAGUCAACUCUGACCUCAUGACUAAUUGACAAAUGUGCGCAAACAGAUGUUGCGCCCCCUCCUCCAAAUUGUGGUCGUUAGCAAUUAUUUGAUAAACAACAGGCUAAUACGGCUAGUCGCUGAUGAGGUUAUCCCUGAUGUUUACACUCUAGCUACAGUAUGCAUGAUCCGUUUCACCUGGCCCUCUCAGGCUUCAGCGUUUCACUCCCUUUAGCGAACAGAAAAGUACCGACGCCGCAUAAAAAGUCACCUGCUCUGCUUGAUAACUAGUUAGCUCGUUAAAUUAGCACAAACGUAAUCAACUGGUGUCAGCGGUCGAUCCUUCGCCCUGACCAAGCGACCAACAAGUCAAAUUCCUUCCACCCAGUGUUACGGUUUCACUGCCUUCCCCAGAAUGUUUUUUUUAUUCCGGGGCCACAUUCCUUCAGCGCCUCUGGUUCGCGUGGCGUCUCAAAUUUGUUGGCUUCCCCCUCAUGCGUUUGAAGGCCGUGCCAUACACUCAAACAGACAGACUUGGAUUUAUGCAGGCAAGCAGCAACGGACAGAGUGAUAGUAUACCGUCCUCGAACAAAAGCUCUUCUCUCUCUCUCUCUGUUGGAAAAAGGCAAUGUUUCUCUCGCUAUGAAGAUGGAGAGGUGGGGUUAGAAACUCAAAUAAACGCCCUGAGUCACGGGGGAUGCUGUGGGGAGCGCCGUGUGUGUCAUACCUGCCAGGCAGGCCCGUAGCGUGCUGACAAGAACCAUUAAAGUUUAUAGGCGUGCGGCACAGCUGCUCGUCAAACUGACAGACAGACAGCCCACCGAGCCCCCCGGCCUGGCCCCGUGUGGGGACCCCCUCCCUGGCUAUAAUGCCAGGCCAGGCUGGAGACAGGGGGUCUCUGGGGGUAGUAAUGGGGUAGUGGAAGAGGAGGAGGAGGGGUAGUGGUGGAGAGAUAACUGGGCUGCUAGGAACUGGAAGUGAUCCACUGAAAACCACAAACACAGUAGCGGGCACACAUUCAUGGAGCUUGGCUGACUCCUGUGAGGAAUGAGAGAAAAUAAGAUAAAAACAAGGCCGAAGGAUGAGUGAUAGGGACCGAACUCAGCAGUAUUUGAAAGGUUUAGUAGUGUGUCCCACCUUUUUUAAGGGUCCCUCUAUUUGGUGGGCAUCACUUAGGGCUCUCCGGUGGCCUGGUAUAAGUGACACCCAAAUUGAACAGGGGUUGGGCAGCCCCAGCCCCUGUUCUUAGUCCUGUUUCCUCAAAAGGUGCUGGAAUUGCAUGACAGCCAUCCAUGUUUACCACUGCUGCUCAACUUAAUGCAGUGAAUGAUAGGGCAACAGUGUGUGUGUGUGUAUGUGUGUGUACAUGCAUAUGUGUGUGUGUGUGUGUGUGUGUUUGUAUGUUUUACAGUACCGCAGAACAUUAUGUGCUACUAUACAGCAAUGCAGGUUCAAUUGAAUUGAGCCCUCCCAAGGUCUUGUCAUGUUUUGAAAGAAGAUUAUAAUAUGUAAGGGUGCAAUGAAGGGGCAAAGGGGCUAGAAAAUGUUGCGUGAGUGAGAGUGCAAAUGUUUGUGCACGUGUGUGUACACAUGCGUGCUUGCAAACUUACUUGCCCACUUUGCUUGCGUGUGCGUAUGUAUGAUGAAGCUUGUCGUGCCACAGACGGAUUAAAGUAUCCCUCUCCCUAGACUGGCCUCUCCCUUCGCCCUCCUCACCUCCUCCCACCCUCUAUUUGUUUUAAUUAAAAGAAAACUUCCAGCCUUGGCCGAACGGGACCGACCGGCCAUCCCUUUUUCCUUCUGGCAUUCUCUUCUUCCUUCUUCUAAUGUUUCUAGCUCCUCAUCCACUUUUCAGUUUCGAGCAAGGUUUUGAUAGGGCAAAAAAUGCAGCUGCCUGCCUUAUUUCUUUCGGUGUUUAUACAUAGAAGCAUUUGGGUUUUUCGUUUUUUUGGAGUUCUGCUCACAAGGUGAAAAAAAGCAGCACACACAGUGAGCCAGAGGGAAAUGGAAUCGUUCCGGAUUGGAAAGGCAGCUUGGGGAAUGCCCUGUUUCCUCUCUCCUCUCCUUCAUGGCUUCAUCUGACUCCGAACAGAGUAUUCCCAUUGUGUGUGUGUGUGUGUGUGUGUGUGUGUGUGUGUGUGUGUGUGUGCGUGUGUGUGCGUGUGUGUGUGUGUGUGUGUGUGUGUGUGUGUGUGUGUGCGUGUGUGUGCGUGCGUGCGUGCGUGUGCGGGUAUAUUCACUGUGUAUGCAUGAAUGUGUGUGUAUGCUGUAUGUGUGUUUGUAAAGUGGGACCCAGCACAAAGCACACAUUGUAGCCUGUGGUGGAGAGUGGCUCCUCGAGUGGGAGGCUGCAGUGCAUCUGUGAGCCUAUUGUUAUUGUGUCCAACUGUUCUCCACCGCUGGGCUGGCUGGGUGAUUCAACACUGGGCAGAAGUCCACAGUCAGAGGUAGUCAUCCACACCAAGAGGGGGAAAAGUAUUAUUAUUCUGCUAUUGCUGUGUUGAAUGUAACCUGUCACAAACUCCAGUGUGUGUGUGUCUCCCCAGUUGGACCCUAUCCCUGAGGAGGUGAUGCAGCAGAGGCCCAACCCCAACGCUGUCCACUCCAUGGAGAAGGUGCUGGAGGCACACGGUGAGUGUCGCUCUACUCUACUCACACAGGAAAUAGUCCCACUGUAUGGGCUACAACCACCAAAUGAUUCCGGGAUUUGAUUUGCAAGUGUGCAUUUACCAUAAUAAAUCUCAAUGAUGGUCUUAGAUCAGAAAAGAAAAACAGCAGCACUCGGCCCUGGAUGACUGAAGUUGUUUGACCCCUACUGUAGUUGCUCUAUGUUAUAAUCAUGAUCCUUUAACCUUUCACCUUUGUCCUGUCCUGUAGGUAAAUACUGGCACUCUCUUCAGCGUGGGGCCUCCACGCUGGGCUACUCUCUGAGCGAGGCUUUCCGGUGUGAGACGGAGGAGGCCGAGACCGUCACCGCCAUGGCCUCCCUCUCUGUGGCCAACAAGCAGAGGAAGUACGUCCCUCCUGAAGCGUGUGUGUGUGUGUGUGUGCGUGCGUGCAUGCAUGUUACGCCGAAGGUCACAUCGACCAAAAGCUUAGCUCUUCAGUACUAUAAAAAAACAUUUAGAUCCAACCUAAAUGUGCAGAGGCUUUUGAGACUCACUCACUAGUCUCAAACCUUCCUGCAGUUGACAUGUGUAGUGUGGGAGUGCUGCCUGUGACGGCUGUCAUUGUCCCUUCUUUCUCCAGGAGCGAGGAGGAGCCUAUGGAGGGCUGA